AUGUAUCCCCAGAAUUUAGUGCUUGAAAAACACCGUGGUUAUCAGCAUAUACUCUGGAGAGAUUCUCCACAACACCAGAUGGCAGAACACACAUUGAACAAUGUGACUUAUGGAGUAAACAGUACUUCGUAUCUUCAAGUGCUACGUCAUAAUAUAGCAGACAAUGAUUGUAAAAGUGCUCUUGUAAGGCACUCAAAUAUCAAACAUACAUGGAUGAUAUCAGUUAUGUGUAGUGUAGGUAAUAUGUUAUGA